GCGAGCGGAAGGGAGGGGCAACGACGAGUGUACGGGUCAACACACGUAACUGGGACAAGAGGAGCAAGUGAGAGAUGGCGGCGAGUACAGGCGCGAGUGAUAUGGAGGUGGUGAUGGCUGGUGGGAAUGCCAGCCAAGGUGCGGGUAACGGCGGCGCUGGCGAUGGUGUCGAGGCGAUGGCCAUGGAGAUGACCGAUGCAAAGGCAGCGGAGUCGUCGUUGGCGAUGGACGCUGCGGUUCAUGUGGAGGAGCUGUCGUAUGACUAUGGUGGGGAGAAAGAGGUCCUGUUUGACGUCUCGCUCGACUUUGCCCCGGGCACCCGAACCCUGCUUGUCGGGCUGAACGGGACGGGCAAGACGACGCUGCUGCGGAUCUUGGCCGGCAAGCAUCUGGUCAAGCAUCCGGUGGUGGUUCUGGGCAAGGAUGCGUACCGGGCCACUCCGCGUGGGCUGACCUUCCUCGGUGCCGAGUGGGCGCACAACCCUGUGGUGCGGAAGGACGUUGUCGUGGCGGAUCUCAUCGUCUCCAUGGGCGGCAACACGUACCCGGAUCGCCGUGAUGAGCUGCUGGCUCUGCUCGGCGUCGAGCCGACAUGGCGGAUGCACAAGGUGUCUGACGGCCAGCGUCGGCGGGUCCAGCUCCUGCUCGGCCUGCUCAAGCCGUGGACGCUCCUCCUCCUCGACGAAGUCACCGUCGAUCUCGACGUCCUUGUUCGGCACGACCUCAUGGCCUGGCUCCGGCAUCAGACCGAGACCCGCGGUGCCACCGUGGUCUACGCCACACACAUCUUUGACGGCCUUGGCGACUGGGCCACCCACGUUGUCCAUCUCUGCAACGGCGCCGUCCGCCGCUUUGUCGACCUCGGCGAAUGCGAGGAGCUUGAGACGCUCGCCCGCGCUGUUCCGGUCUCGGGUCGGCGGUCUUUUGGCGCAUCGCCGCUCCUCCAGCUCAUCGAGGCCUGGCUCAGCACAGAGCUGGCCGAGAAGAAGGCUGCUGCCGCUGCCGCUGCCGCCUCGGGUGUUGUCGCCGAGCCGACGCCGCUGCAGGCCAAGGCUGAAGACGUCAACCGGUACGGCGACAAGUUCUACAACUACUGGGGCUGAUCACAGUAAACGACGCCAGCGUACC